CUUAUUUUUUUCUGAUGGUUAUAAGCAGAUUAUUUUGGGUUAGCAAGAUGUGCAGAACUGUCCCAUUGCAUUCUAUUACGGGAGGACCUUCAUAUGGGGAACAGAAGUCUAGUACAAUCAGAGCAGACCUUGGGUCUGGCGCUGGGUGCAGGGGGUGGUUGGCGUGUGUUCCAAGGAUAUAUAGUGAGAUACGCAGAACCUGGCCCUCUUUCUUGGACUAUGUUGUUUCAGGCUUCCCAGUCCCCUCUCCUCCUAUCAGUUUAUCCUGCACACAGGUCUGCUUGCCCAGAUUCUGCAACUGAGAUUCCCACAAGCAGUGGGAAAAGGCUCUAGAGAUACGUGUGAGUGGCCGAAGUCAGCUGUAACCUAGCCAAGGUCAGCAACUCUAUUUGCCCUCCCUGUCCUCCAGCAACACUUUGCCCUUCCUUGAAGCUUGGCAGGCUGUCCUUAGGAUCUUCCCCAGGUGGUCCCUUUCCCUGGGUUGUUCCUGCCUGGUUCAGCUACUUGGCAGGCUACCCCUUUUCCAUAAGGUCUGGUCUCACCUUAAAUAACUGAUCAAAAGUUCCAGUCUAAGGUAGGAUCCCCUGUUUCCUGAGGUCUGCAGUUAAGAUGAGUGUGUUUGUCUUUUCCAUUAAUCAAGCUGCCCCUCCAAACCUAGCUCUAUGAGUCCUGGGCACGCAGGAGCCUAAGCUCCUGGGAAAGGGGGCACGGGUGGGGCCUGGGUACCACUUCCAGGAAGAGCCGGGAAACAAGAUGGCUGCCACCAAGAGGGUGCUCAACCUGGGUGAGCUGGCAUGCAGGCAAGGCAGGGUCUUCACAGGCAGGGCUUGACUGAGACAGUUUGAGGGCAGCGUGGACUGGGUGCAGACCUGAGUCCCCAGGCGGCGUGCGGCUACCCGGGCUGGGUCUCUCGUGCUUUACCCCCUCAGCUUGUGAACAGUGCCAGUGAUAUAACGGCUUUCCUGGACCUAGCACUGCCCAGGAUAUGGACCUCGAGAGGUAGUGAGAUCUGUUACUGUGACCUUAGACUGCAUCCCAAACUGUCAAUGUCCAUUCAUUGGCUAAACUGCAGCUCUGACCCCUUAGGUGAAGGAACUCCCAGAAUAACAGGAAUUACGGAACCAGCCUCACUGUGCAGAUUGGCAUGCGCUACGUGACCGUGACAGGUUUUGUUUGGGAAAUGACCACUCCAUCCAGAGAGGCUGGCUGGCAGAGGAGGUGGACGAUGGAGUCCUGCAUGUUGCUUUUAUUCCUUUUGGAGACACCACAGAUACUCACAUUCCAUUGGAUUAUGAAACAGGAUGCUGCAGCAGCUGUCAACAACAUGAGUCCUGAACUCAAAUCCAAAGAUCAUGCCAGCACAGACCUUCCUGUUGCUGGUGCUAAAAGAAAGGAAGUGUGUGGUGGCUCAGGGGCCUUCUGUGGUGAGCUUUGUGCUUAACUUGCCAUUUGGAGUUGCAGGCUCCCAACUUAGAAUUAAUCACGAGCGAGUCUCAGAUUCUCAGAAGUAAAUGGAAGGCCGUCAGGUCUUCUUUCAGCCUAACAAGGUUUAAGCAGCUGAGUGGUACUGCAGUCUUUUCAGAAUGAACCUGAACUCUUUGAGGGGCACAAUUCAUGUCGCUUUGGCCAAACCAAUGAGAAUUAAGGAAGAUACCUCGUCCAGACCAGGUAUGUGGGGCAACCAUAGAUUCCCCAUCAUGUCCUCAACGUUGGGCCCUGUUGCAUUUUUCUCCCUGUCUGACUUCCUGCUGAGGUGGCAGUAUGUCCCUGAGUAGAGUGGUGUAUUGUAGAGAAGAGAAUGCAGCACUCUGGAAAUAAAGAGUGAGGUUCUCAGCAAAGCUAGAGGCCUUGUCCCUGUGAAAGUCUUUGCUUUGGGAAGUAGACAGAGACCGUGUCCUUCCAGCCUUGACAAGGGCUGGAACGUUCCUUUUGUCCUUCCUCCUUAUUCUCACCCACCUCUGCUCUAAUUGCUGAGCUUAAAGGCCUGGCACUUCCCAGUGACAGCUUUCCUUGCCCUGGGGAGCUCCUAAGAGGUGACUUCUCUGUGGCCUGUGUGGCCAUGUCAUAUGUCCCCAUAGUGCUGACCAAAGCAGCAAAGAACUGGACAUAGCUAAUGAGCAAUUGGCUGAUAGCUUGAAUUUCUUAACAUUUGAUUCUUUUCUUUCAGUUUGGUCAAAUGAUGACUGAUUGAAGACAUUUUCUGGGAAGACUCUUGAAGAGAAUAAAGGGGAGGAAGGGUCAGAGCCUCCCAAUGUGAAAACCCAGGAGGGAGAGCCCCCUGCCGAAUAGGUCCGGUCAAACCCUCAGGUGUACAUGGACAUCAAGAUCGGGAACAAGCCCGCCGGCCGCACCCAGAUGCUCCUGCGUUCAGACGUCGUUCCCAUGACAGCAGAGAAUUUCCGCUGCCUGUGCACCCACGAGAAGGGCUUUGGCUUCAAGGGGAGCAGCUUCCACCGCAUCAUCCCCCAGUUCAUAUGCCAGGGCGGCGACUUCACCGACCACAGUGGCACCGAGGGCAAGUCCAUCUACAGGAGGAAGUUUGAUGAUGAGAACUUUAUCCUCAAACACAGAGGACCAGGCCUGCUCUCCAUGGCCGACUCUGGCCCAGACACCAGCGGCUCCCAGUUCUUCCUGACGUGUGGCAAGACAGAUUGGCUGGACGGCAAGCACGUGGUGUUUGGGGAGGUGACAGAAGGCCUGGACGUCUUGCGGCAGAUUGAGGUCACCUCUCAUCCCACACCAGUGUUUGGUCAGCCAGGCCGCCUCACAGCAGCUCUCAUGCUGAGGCUGAGCCCCAUCAGUCACUUGGUCACCAGAAAUCUCUGGGACUGCCACCUGCUCCCCUGCCGCCUGCCAGUGACUGACGGGCACUUGGAUCAAGUCUCAGCAUUCAGAAACUCCCAGGCUGGGCUGGUUCUCUCAGGCCAUGUUCUCCUUUUGGGUUGAGAUCAGGUUGCAUCUGGAGGGAGUGGGGACAGCCUGCUGACCCGGCCCAGUGACCCCAGGCCAGUUCCUACAGAGGGAUGGAUGCCAGCCUGGCUCUUGGCCUUCAGGUAGGGCUUCUUCCCCUUCAGUUGGCUGGGGCCUGCUCCCAUGGCUGGGCCCGACUACCUGCAGUUUUCCCAGCAGGGACCCUCCCUACUCAACAUCGGUGUCCCUGUCACUGGUGGUAUGUUGUGUCAGAAUGGGCAGCAGUGAGGCCACUGGGGUGUGUUGGAUGUCCAGGAGACAAGAGGAUGUGUGUUAUGAAGCAUGGCUGGCCCUAGGGAUGACCGGGGAGGGGAGCAGGCUGGCCUGAGGCCCAGGAGGGAGGACUGGUCAGGAAAACCCUGUGAAACAAGGUGGGGUGAAUCUUGUCACUUAUUGCGCUUCCUGGAUUGCCCUGGGAAGGUGGUACCAGCGGACUGGCCAGAGCCUAGUUGGGGGAAUCAUCAGGUGGUGACUGCUCACCCUGUCCUGUGCAAGGGCUUCCCCAGAAAUGAGCCUAUGGUGAUUACCCAGGACCCUUAUACAGGUGGUGACCUGCGCCUCAGAGGUGAGGUGACUGGUCCUGGGAUUCUGGGCCAAUGGCCAACCUGGUGGCUGUGCCCCUGGCUACCUGUCUUCGUGACGCUGGGCAGGGCUGCAGGGACACAGGGUCAGAGAGCCCCCCACCCGCCCUCCAGGGAAGGAAUAGUGAGCCCUGGCUUGUAAGUGACAGAACUGAGGCAGAAGUCAGGGGAUGGAAUGCUAAUGCAAAUUAUGUUUCCAAAGAACAUUUAAUAACCGAAACAUUCAAAAUAUAUCAUAGACUGAAUAAAUCAGGUCCCCAAGCAGUGCA